AUGCUGUGGCCUCCAGCGCCCGCGCAGUGCGCGCGAGGCUAUAUCAGAACGUCGCAAAAAAUCAGAAUACGCCAGACAUAUGCGUUUCGAGCAGCUGCCAUUCUACGACGGUACCAUUCCAGCGAUGCCGGAAGAACCCCUAAAGCAGAGACUGGUGGCGCUGGCGAAGCAUCAUUGUUGAUCAGCGCCCAUCCGAGAUUCAAUGAAAUCGGCGUGCAGCAGUUGAGCGAUCAUCUGCAUCCGCAAGUGUUUCCCCAUGGCGCGACGAAACCGCGGCCGGAUUUGAUCGAACUCUCCAAAGACCACCUCCGACGCCACGACCUGUUGGGGAAGAACCAGGAUGAUACCCCUGCGAUUGGGUUGGAGGUACCGCCGCUUCAUGGCACCAGUCUGGAUGAACACUUCACAAGGCUGGGAAUGGAUGCUGGGGAGCCAUAUUUGUCCUAUGGCAAGGCGUUCGUCAGGGCAAAUACUCCUCAACGGCCGAGGAAGUGGGUAAUCAGGAGUGGCUGGACCAAGUACAAUGCGGACAUGACGACGGAAGAGAUAGAUGCGCCUGACGAAACCAUGCUAUCUUUUGAUGUCGAGACCAUGUGGAAAGAAACGCCCUUUGCAGUCAUGGCCACCGCUGCCAGCCCAACCGCUUGGUAUGCGUGGAUAUCUCCUUGGCUGUUAGGCGAGACGGACAAUCCGAGACAACUGAUUCCUCUCGGCGACCCGACCAAACCCCGGAUUGUGGUCGGGCACAAUAUCGGGUACGACCGAGCACGUGUCAAGGAAGAAUAUGACCUCAAACAGUCGCGCAACUUCUUCAUCGACACAAUGUCUCUGCAUGUCGCUGUGAACGGCAUGUGUUCAAGGCAACGACCAACGUGGAUGAAACACAAGAAGAACCGAGACCUGAGGGACAAGAUGUCCGGAGGCCAUAAUUCAGUUGAGCUGCAGACGAUGUUGGAAAAUAAGAUGCUGAGCGAGGAAGAGGAGGAGUUGUGGGUCGCCAGGAGCUCCAUCAACUCAUUGCGGGAUGUUGCCAAAUUCCACUGUGGUGUCACUAUUGACAAGAGCCAGAGGGACUAUUUCGGCGAACUCGAUCGAGAAGGUAUCUGCGAAAGACUGGAAGAGCUGCUGGAUUACUGUGCGGCAGAUGUCGCCAUCACCCAUCGAGUGUUCCAAAAGGUCUUUCCCAAUUUUCUACAAACCUGUCCUCACCCUGUCAGCUUUGCUGCUCUCCGGCAUCUGUCCUCUGUCAUACUCCCGGUCGACAGAUCUUGGGACGAGUACAUCGAGAGAGCCGAGAGAACAUACCAGCAGAGGUUGGAAGAAGUUGAGCGAAAACUGCUCCAGCUAUCAGAAGCGGCUCUGGAGGUCAAGACGCAGCCAGAAGUGUACAACAACGAUCCUUGGCUCAGCCAGCUGGACUGGUCGGGCCAGGAAAUCAAGUAUAAAAAGACGAGAAAGAAGGGAGAAGAACCUGUGCCGGUUGCGCGACAGAAGAAACCAGGUGCCCCGAAUUGGUACAAAGAUUUGUUUACAUCCAACAAUUCCCCGAUCAACUUGACGGUCCGGACGAGGAUUGCGCCACUCUUACUCAAGCUCUCUUGGGACGGGUAUCCUCUCGUCUGGUCUGACAAGCAUGGAUGGACGUUUCGAGUCCCCAACACAGAGGCCAGCAAAUACGAGAACAGCAACGUUGUCAGCUGCGACAUGUCUGAAGAAGCCAACCUUGCUCUCAAGUCUGAUUACCGCCAUACUUAUUUUAAACUUCCCCACAAGGACGGACCAACUGCCCGUUGUGCUUCUCCUUUGGCAAAGGGGUAUCUGCAAUACUUUGAAUCCGGGAUUCUAUCGUCGCAAUAUGAGCUGGCCAGAGAGGCUCUAGAGAUGAAUGCAUCGUGUUCAUACUGGAUCUCGGCAAGAGACCGGAUCAUGUCCCAGAUGGUGGUGAGGGAAGCCGACCGCGACCCGAGUCUGGCUGGAAAGUCGGAGCAAGGAUUCAUUCUUCCACAGAUUAUCCCCAUGGGCACAAUCACUCGUCGAGCCGUAGAAAACACGUGGCUCACGGCGUCCAACGCAAAAGCCAACCGAGUCGGGUCCGAGUUGAAAGCCAUGGUCAGAGCACCACCCGGGUACUGCUUUGUCGGCGCCGACGUCGACAGCCAAGAGCUUUGGAUCGCAUCACUCGUGGGCGAUGCGCAGUUCCAGCUUCACGGCGGCAACGCCAUUGGCUUCAUGACGCUGGAAGGCACCAAGGCCGCCGGGACAGAUCUCCAUUCCAAGACUGCAAAGAUUCUGGGAAUCUCUCGCAACGAUGCCAAAGUGUUCAACUACGGACGUAUCUAUGGCGCGGGGCUCAAAUUUGCCGCCACACUGCUACGCCAAUUCAACCCGACUCUGUCUGAAGCGCAGUCCAACCAGAUCGCUAUGAAACUGUACAAGGAAACCAAAGGCACACGCACGCGACGGAAAGCGUUUGGCAACGGAUCCUUCUGGCGCGGAGGAACCGAAUCCUUUGUAUUCAACAAGCUCGAGGAGUUUGCCGAACAAGAGCGGCCGCGCACACCCGUGCUGGGCGCGGGAAUUACAGAGGCCCUCAUGCGUCGCUUCAUCAACCAAGGCUCCUUCAUGACCUCGCGUAUCAACUGGGCCAUUCAAUCUUCCGGAGUCGAUUACUUGCAUUUGCUGAUCAUCAGCAUGGACUACUUGAUCCGACGGUUCAGUCUGGAUGCCCGAUUGGCUAUUACGGUUCACGACGAAAUUCGGUAUUUAGUGAAAAAGGAAGACAGUUAUCGCGCCGCCCUGGCCUUGCAAAUAAGCAACCUAUGGACACGCGCCAUGUUCAGCCAACAGAUGGGCAUUGAAGACCUGCCUCAGUCUUGUGCGUUUUUCUCCGCCGUCGACAUCGACCAUGUCCUCCGCAAAGAAGUCGACAUGGACUGCGUCACGCCCAGCCAUCCCGACAAAAUCCCACACGGCGAAAGUCUCGAUAUCAAUCAACUUCUGGCGAAAGGAUACGAAGCGUUUCUCGAUCCUGCCAAGGAGCAACAAAUCGAUUUGGAUAAAUACACCUACACACCGCGCGAAAGUGUCAUGUCUACCCUCGCUUCGUCCAAUGAUGUGAAUUACAUCCGGGCCCAGAUCACCGAUGACGAAAAGGAGCUGAAAGCUAUUAUCAAGGAUAUUGAGAGGGGGAUUACUCCGUCGUUCUCGGAACUAUCAAUCUCUUCGGGGACAUCCACAUCGUCUCCAUCAGCAGCGGCGGCAUCCGAUGCUCCCACCACAGUUGACAAAACUAAUACUAAACAACAAGGAGGCAACGGCAAAAAAGGCAGCAGCAGCGGUUCAAGCACCAAACAACCCAAAUCUCCCCCUCUUCCCCGUGGCCGCCGUCCUAAACCCAAAGUCCCUGUUCCUCCGCACGCCCAGCCCCAGCGCGCCAUGCUCAUGGAAGUCGAAGACCGCUGGGACAUGGGGUACAAGAAAGCCUUUGGACUUGGUACAUCUACAUCUUCUUCCUCGUCAUCUUCAAGUGGGGGAACAACAACAGCAAGUCAUAAACCAUGGUUGACGGACAAGAAACUUGAAUCAUCUUGGUCGACUCGCUGGGCGAACGAUGGAUGGGAAGUGUAG